AUGACUCCACAAUCAGAAAACAUGCCAUCUACAGGUCAGGCUGCACCCCAAGCAGGAUGGAAGCAGGCUCCCAAACGUCCUCGCACCUCAGGAGGGACCAACUCAACCCCAUUGACAGACACCGGAAACAGGACUGAGGCCAACGCGAACAUGGCAGCCAUGCAAGCAACUCUGAAAAGACUUGAAGCUGAACUGCUGAAGGAAAAGAAGGCACGUCAAGACCUUCAGCGUGACAUGGAGUCGCACCCGGCACAGCAAGAACAGGCCACAGAUGAGGACGCACAGGCGCAAGUGGCUAGAAUGGAAGAGGAGCUGACUCAAGAACGUCUUGCCAAUGCUGAGUUGCAGAAGACGCUGGAUGACAUGGUCAAAUCGGGUGGUACGAGCACAGACGCUGAAGGACCUACAAUCCCCAGACCCAAGGGAUCAGCUGGGACGCACUUCAGUAUCCAGGUCACAAUGAAACUCGCCAGCUCAGAGGAAAAAGACCUGAAGUACAAAGCCAUUCAGCGCGGAAUCCGUUUUCUUGCUCUCAAUGCCAACAUCAACUGGAAGUUAACCUGGUCCAAAAUCCCGGCGCUAGCAAAGGCAAAUCUAUACAGUGCGGCAAGAGAGAAGCAUAAAUAUCUCAAGCGUUUUGAAAAUGACUGGGCGACAGAGGAACUCGCAAAGAUGUACUUCAAGAAUCUUCGUGGAAAUCAUUAUCGACGAGGAUAUCUGCAGGUGCCCGAUGGAUACAGCCACCUCAAGGCAAAUUCAGCACAGCGUAACCAAUCCGCACCGCGUAUCAAGAGAGCAAAGGCUGUGAUGCUCAAACGCCAGGAGGCCAGAGCACGAAAGGCUGCAAGUAGAAGGCAACAGACAGCAGAGGAAGAGCCUGGAAUGGAGGAUAGCGAUGAUCCCAAUCCCAUAGGACAAGAGUCAGAGGAAAUGCAAGUGGACGGGGAGGACAAUAACGAGCCAGAUCAAGGUCCCAAUGCUGAGGGAGAUGAAGACAACGACAGUGGGAGCGAAGAAUGA